GUGGAGUUGCCCUUAAUGGCGGUGACGUCGGAUACAGUGCUUGAUCCGCUGGGCGGGAAGUCGCGGGGCGACUCGGCUAGCAUUGGCGCGAUUGCGACCGACGACGGGCCAUCAAGGGAGCCGGCCUGGACAGUUCAAGAGGUGCUGGUAACUGAAGAUGGGCUUGCAGCUGAGGAUGGGCCUACGGAUGGAGAUGGGCCUGCAGACGGAGAUGGGCUGUCAGCUAUCGUGCUCCCGGCAACUGAAGAUGGGCUCCUGGCCACUCCAGCGCGACUGACCAGGCCCGUUGGCCUGACGGAGUUUCCGUUAGUUUACAGCCGCCGCAGGUGUCCAGCCCAAGCGGUGGCCGUUGACCAGGGCGCUCUGGCAGCUGUCGGUCGUCGGGCACGCGAAGAGCGUGCGACUGAUGAGAACGAGGCACCACCGGAGGUUCAAGCCAGAAUCUCGGCCUUCAUUUCGUCGAUCUCCACCACACCGCCUCCAUCCAUCCUAGGGGGGCCGCCGGCCUCUGUCCCAGUCACUAGGACUCGACGCCGUGCAACUAUCCUAGAAGGAUUCACGCCAUGGCGAAGCCCGCGGUUGGCUCUGCAGGGGAAUGGGACACGGCGGCACACGAUCUCCAAAGCCCAGAAGGUGACUAUGAAGAAGUUGGGAAUUAUUGAGGAGGAAGAAGAGGCAAACCAGGAAGCGGUUCAGGAAUUCGAGAAGCUCUUUGAUGAACCGCUGCCUCCGCAUCAUGUCCAGGCCAUUGCAGAACUGUUGCAAAUCGACAUGGCCGCACCCCUUCAACCUCUGCCUGAAGUUCUUCCGGGGGUGGAGGUCGCGUCUCCGGCCUGAUUGCUUUGUUUCCCUUUUCAGCUAAUCUGAAGUGUGUCCAGUUCCCUAUGUUAGGUUUUAGUUUCCUAGUGUGGAAUGUAAGGGGUCUUAAUAACCCUGCUAAGCGUGCGUUGGUGAAAGAGUCUGUAAUCUCCUCUAGUUCCUCUGUCGUUUGUUUUCAGGAGUCCAAGUUGUCCGCUGUCAACCAGUCGCUAAUUUAUGAACUUUGUGGUCUGGAUUUUGA